AUGAGCCGCGGUUACUGGAGAGCGUGCAUCGUGCUAUGGCUUCGGGCCGAAAUUCUCGCGGAGAACCCUCAGAGCAUUCAGACUGACGUAGGCGUACUUAAUUGCGAUGAAGGCGGUGCGGGAAGGAAAGAGGAUGUUUUACCUUCAUAUGAGGGCGAGAUUGUUGGCCCGCACUCGCCGCGCGCGGGGUUGAAACGGUCGCUUACCGUCGUCGACGGAGUCAGCAUGGUCCUGGGAGUGGUGGUGGGCAGCGGCAUAUUCGCCACGCCAGGCGUCGUUCUGCUGGACGCAAGUGGAUCGCCUCUGCUGGCGCUGCUGCUCUGGCUGCUGGCGGGGAUCGUGGGAUACGCGUGCUGCGAGGAGGGUGAGAGGGUAGAGGGGGGACCGGAGUUGGUAAAGGUGGCGCUGCUGCUGUGGCUGCUGGAGGGGAUCGUGGGAUACGCGUGCUGUGAGCUACCAGGCGCAGCAGCAGGCGGAGAGGAGGAGAUGGAAGUGAUGGUGAUGGUGGUGGGAGGGGGGUGCGUGCUGCUGCUUACUCUCGUCAACUGCUGUGGCGUGGAGGCAGGCACGUGGCUGCAGAACCUCCUCUCUCUCUCCAAGGCGCUCCUCAUCGGCAUCAUCCUCGCAGCCGCCCCGGCCUUCAUCAUCCUCCACGGCCCUGCCACUGCCACCGCCAACCUACUCCAACCACUGCCCCCACUUGACUCGCUUGACCUCAGCAGACUGGGCGCUGGGCUGGUGGCAGCUAUAUGGGCCUUCGAUGGAUGGAACUGCCUGGGAUUUCUCUCAGAGGAGCUUAAGAAUCCAAAGAGGGACCUGCCUCGCUCUCUUUCCAUUGGCAUGCUCAUUGCUGUCGUCAUCUGUCUGUCUGCCAACGUGGCAUAUCUCUGCAUCCUUCCCGCUCAAGGUGAGAGAGCUGGCUCCGUCUCAUGUACGGCCCGGCAGCAGGCAGGCAGGCUGGUGGCGCUGCUGGUGGCGCUGCUGGUGGCGCUGCUGGUGGCGCUGCUGGUGGCGCUGCUGGUGGCGCUGCUGGUGGCGCUGCUGGUGGCGCUGCUGGUGGCGCUGCUGGUGGCGCUGCUGGUGGCGCUGCUGGUGGCGCUGCUGGUGGCGCUGCUGGUGGCGCUGCUGGUGGCGCUGCUGGUGGCGCUGCUGGUGGCGCUGCUGGUGGCGCUGCUGGUGGCGCUGCUGGUGGCACCCUCGUGGUGGCGGUGGAUUCAGUGGCGCUGGUGUUUGGUCCGGCAGCAGGCAGGCUGGCUGGUGGCGCUUCUGGUGGCUUCAACCAUAGGCAUAUCCCAGGUGGUGGCGGUGGAUUCAGUGGCGCUCGUGUUCGGCCCGGCAGCGGGGAGGCUGGUAGCGUUGCUGGUGGCGUUUAACGUGCUGGGAUCAGCUAAAGGGACUCUGCUGUGCAAUGCACGAUACUUUUACGCCAUGGCAAGGGAGGGGCGCCUGCCUCGCUUCUUUGGGGCUGUCACCAGAGGCGGCGCUCCCUAUGCUGCUCUCUGCCUCAUAGUGAGUCCACGCUGCUCUCUGCCUCAUAGUGAGUCCACGCUGCUCUCUGCCUCAUAG